CACGGUCAGACCGGGCCGGGGGAUACGCUCCCUCCCAUGGUUCACUCCCCACCACCCGGCUCUCGGGUUAGGGGUUUCUCCCCGAGGUCACUCCGCCACACUCCAUCCCCAUGGUUAGGGGGAUACUCGCUCACGGAUACACCCAUCGCCCGGGUCAGUGGGGACCUUCACCCCUGGUGGGCAGCGGGCCAUUCCCGGGAUCACUCAAACCCCCUCGCCAGUUUACCCCCCCCCCCCAAAAGUAGAUCGGAGGAUUACUCCCUCCCCCGGGGGUCUGUAGGUCACUCCCGGGAUCACUAUCCACUCCCCGCGUCAGGGGAACCAUCUGGCCAGCAGGUUGGGACGGUGAGAAGGAAGGGCCAGAAGAUGUGAUCUUGCUCAACCAGGGCCGGUGUCCGAAGCCAGUGAUACGCUGAGGGUCAGCGCUGCGGGUAUUCCGAUCGCAGCGGAGAAGCUGGACCGGUAAUUCAGGGGCUGAUACCGGUAAUGCGACACCUCCUCAACGUUUUUGGAACAGCUUCUCCUACAGAUCCCUGAACCGGACAAUUAACCCAUGAGCGCGAGCUCAUUACUCCUUUUUUGCACUGUUUAUUUAUUUUUGUAAUUUUACAUUUUUGCACCAUAACGCUCAAAAUUGCAACUUCUGCUUCCAUUGUGGAGGAAAAUAUGGAACACGGGUCCAUGUCCAUAGAAUACAAAAACAGUGUACUGUCUCUUUACAUUAGAUCUUCCAAAAUGCAGCUCUGCUUAUUUGGCUGGGUUAAACUCCAUCGGCCACUUCUCUGCCCAUAUCUGCAAUUGACCUCCAAGAGGAUCACAACCUCAUCGUGGUUUGGAGGCUUGCGUGCCUCAAUGACCCGGAGAGUUAUGUUGGCUGGACUCAGGGCUAUACGCUUUGGCUUUUGCUUGCCAUGGUGUUGUCACCCAUGCCAAACAGGUCAAAGGGUAGAGGCCAGACUAAAUGUGAACAACUGGUCCUCCAGGUUCGGGGGUUCAGCUCAGGGCUAACAACCCUGGCUGGUCAAACAAAAUCGUUAGGGAAACUGCAAUGAAGAAUCCUUCUACAUCUGAGUGUGAGGGUAUUCCUGAGUCUCCACCUGGGGAUUGCAUGACUGACAGUAGUGAAAGGACACAAUGAAUGAAGCACUGAACAGCACAAGAUAUAGAGGAUCUUCAUUGCUGCCCUAAACACCCUCAGGCAUAACGGGAUCCUUUCUGAAGGAACCCCUCCCCCUGAAGCUGAAGGAAUUAGAUACCAACCAUUCAUGCGAUGAGGUUUUCAAUUACUAUGAGACCACAACAGGCUUGACGCACAACCUCAAGACCAUCGAUGGAAUCCUCGGUCACCCUCGGCACGUAAAGGUUCCAAGCCACUGGAAUGUUCAUUACAUGAAGGAUCUGACUGAGAAGCUGAGCCGGCGAGACUGGAGAUCUCCGCUGAGCAUGGCCAACCAGACAAGUGAGAUGAAGGACAAGCACACAGGGCGGCUUCCGUUGUCCAUGGACACUGCCUUCCGGGCAGGACCGCAGCCGUUCUCCCUGGAGAAUCACCUCAGCAACGGACCGUCUAAAAGCAUUGUGGCCAGCACAGAGAACCCAGCGCUGGCCGGGAAGCAGUAUUACGUUCGAGAUAAGGACGUCCUUCGCCUCACUGACAUUUACCUCUCGACCACCAACAAAGAUUUCAGAGCCUUUAAAAAGGAGGAGCUGGAGGGAUAUCCACAGAAGGACGUUGCCACCCUCUGGCAGACAGAAGACUACCCGAAGGCCUGGGGUCAUGGGCUGAAGGAGAAUCCCCUGCCCAAGGAAGCCCAGCACAUCAUCCGAGACCCCGGGCCGAUGAUCGACCCAGCCGUGUUCACCUCCCAGACCAGGAUCCCUCGCCAGCCCAAGCGUCUGCCGCCUGUCCCGAACCGGGGCUUCAAGACCCUGUCCCAAGAGUCCUACCAGCCCCCCAACGACGUGAAGCGGACACAGGAUGUCUCCUGCCCCCUGCGGGCACCAUGGGUGGUGACUCAGGAGGCGUCCGCCCCAGAGAUCUUGUCCGUUCCCCGGAUGUACAAGACGGAGAAUAUGGCGUACGGAACCAGGCACCCUGUAGUCAUCUGACAAGACCCAAAGGAAUUCAGAUUUUCAGUUUUACAUUGGACAUGAUAUUGGAAUUUUGCAUCUCUCCAUGAGGCCUUUCAGCCCAUCAAUGUUAACCCUGCUUUCUGAUGGAGCUCUACAUUUAAUCCAUUUCCCCCCUCAUUCCUCCAUCUCCUUCAGUCUUUGCCUUGUCAAAUGUUAAAUUCAGGCUUCUGAAAGUAACUAUUUCCACUUUCUUUCAAGCAUCGUAUAUUCUACCUUACUCCUGACAUCUCCCUCUGGUCCUUUAUGCACUGUGCCCUCAGUUUACUGAUUGUCUCACCAGUGGCAACAGUCUCUCCUUGUUUAACCUCUACCAACUCUCCACAAAACCUUCUUGGCCCGAAGUUCAAAGGAGAAUUGUUACCAAGAAUUCAUUUCAAAUACCGUAAACGUUUGUUUGAAAGAUCUGUGUUCUAUCUAGAAUCACAACCUCUUAAAACACAAUGUCUUAAUCAGCACUUGAAAAUUCAGUAAUAAAUAAAAGAAAAGUUUACCUUGGCAGA